CACUGACGUGCACUAAUGAGGCUGCACUGAUGGGCACUGAUAGGUGGCACUGAUGGGCAUUGACAGGCAUCACUGAUGGGCACUGAAAGGCAGCACUCAUAUAUGGCACUGAUAGGCGGCACUGAUAGGCAGCACUUAUUGGCACUGAUAGGCGGCACUGGCACUGCAGCACUGAUAGGUGGCACUGCUGGGCACUGAUAGGCGGCACUGACUGGCACUGAUAGGCAGCAUUGACAGGCAGCACUGAUAGGCGGCACUGACUGGCACCAGUGAUAGGUGGCA